CGAAAGUCAACCGUCACUUCCUUCUCCAUCUCCACCAAGAUGCUCCGCUCCGCGCUCGCGACGUCCUCCCGCAUCGGCCUCGACUUUGCGCUUCCCUCGCGAGGCUUUGCGACGUCGGCGCUCGCGCGCGCCGAGCGCGACGGCCCCCGCUUCCGCUGGAGCCCUCUCGACCCCGCCCCCUACCGCCGCUCAACGGGGCAAGCGGACCGCGCGCCGACGCACCAGCUCUCCGUCUUCUCGUCGCGCAACAACGUCAUGCUCACCUUUUCAGACAGCGUCGGCCCCCUUUUCCCCACCAUCUCGGGCGGCUCGGACACGACCUUCAAGAAGGGCCAGCGCGGCGGGUACGAGGCUGCGCACCAGGCCGCGCUCAAGAUGUUCAAGAAGCUCGGCGAGUUUGAGGAGGAGUGCCGGACCCUGCGCCCCACCGAGCGCAUCUGGCUCAAGGUCGCGUUCAACGGGUUUGGCGGGCAGGGGCGGGGCGCCGUCUCUGACGCCAUCUCGGGGCCGGACGGCGCCGAGAUCCGCCCCCUCAUCUCGCGCAUCGAGGACCACACGCCCUUCCGCAUUGGCGGCACGCGCGGGCGCUCGCCGCGCCGUGUGUAAGCGGACGAUUUUGGGAUAUAGGCAUGAAUAGCAUUGUUUGAGAUGGAGGGGGAGGUGGUGCAGGUUGUACUGACGCGAUCCUCGGAGAGCUGUCAGCAAAGGGGAAGUGAUCAUUGUGGUGCACGUCGUUGUGCAGAGCGCCCGGCAGGUUAGGUACCCCGCAUGGGAACGCGGCGUGCAGCACAUGAUGUCGACUGAGAGGACCACAGAUC